UGAAUUAAAUGCAUAAAAACAAAGUUAUGAAAGGAGCACAUAGCCUUAGCCACAGAAAAAAUGCAAAGCAACAACAUACUUACAAACCAACUUCCCCAUUCUUAAUGGUGCAGAAACAGGAAGAAAUAUAGAAAGAAGACAAGAAUGCAGUUUCACCUUCAGUGAAGAGAUUCACUGAAGACGAAACAGAGUUUCAGUAUUUUUCUGAACCUCCUACGUAAAAGUUUCCCAAUUGUUUGGAAUGGACUGAAUAUGUCAAGCUUCAACUCUAGGACGUUUGUUUUCAUCUGGUUAAUCAUGUAUCUCCCUACAUACAUCGGUGCAUUACAAUUGAAAAUCCCCUGUCAACAGGAAGGUUAUUGUGUUACUUUCAAUGAGGAUGAAAUAAGAGCAGAAGCUGGACUCUGUGCUGUGAUACCAUGCUCUUUCAAAUCCCUGUUUGCACCCGAACAUAUUAUUUGGUAUAAAUGUGAAAAAUCUGAGGACAAUUGUGACAAAUCUGUCCCUGUAUUUCACUCUGACAAGAACGAGAAAAACAUUCAACCUAUGUUCAAAGGUCGUGUGUUACUGCUGAACCUGAACAUGACUGAGAAGAACUGCAGCAUGGUGAUCAAUGAUCUUCAGAAAUCUGAUUCUGGAUCAUAUCAGCUCCGAGUUGUGGGAAAAGGAACAGGAGAAGCAUUUACAUAUCUUGUAAAAGCAAAUCUCUCGUUAGCAGAUCUGAACCAAAAGCCCUCAGUGAUGAUUCCUCCACUGACUGAGGGACAGCAGGCCUCUCUGACCUGCACUGCUCCUGGUCUCUGCUCUGGGUCUCCUCCUAAAAUCACCUGGAUGUGGAGAGGAGAAGGAGAGAAAGAUUCUUACAUCAUAGGAAACAUUACUGCUUUAAAAACAGAGAAUCUGACUGCUUUCACAAAGAGACAUGUCUCAACUCUGACCUUUAACGCAUCAGCUGAUCACCACAACACCAGUAUAACCUGCAAAGUCAACUUCAUAGGCUACAUAAAUAUAAAUGAGACUGUGACUCUGAAUGUGACAUAUGCAAGAAAACCUCAGAUCUCUGGUAGAUCAAAAGUUAAAGAAGGAAAUGAACUGAAUCUGAACUGCAGUGUGGACAGUUUCCCUCCAUCAGUUAUCACAUGGACUAAAUCUAGAAAACAAGCCGAACAGCAGAGUCACAAUGUAUCUAAAAAAUGUGGCAGCAGUAAAAUCUGUCAGCGACAAAAAAUAAGUUGCUUGUUUUCCAUCACUAAUGUGACAACAGAAGAUGCUGGUCUUUAUAUCUGCACAGCAAAACAUCUGAACAACACUCAGAGAGAAAAAAUUACUGUAACAGUGACAUAUGCAAGAAAACCUCAGAUCUCUGGCCGGACUACAGUCAUGGAGGGAGACAAUCUGAAUCUGACCUGCAGUGUUGACAGUGUUCCUCCAUCAGUUAUCAAGUGGACUAAAUCUGGAAUAGAAACCAAAUGGCAGGACAACAUUUUAAGCAAAGCAGAAAGCAGACAAGUCUACCUGCUGGAAAAAAGUGGACGUGUCUCUUUUUCCUUCAUGAAUGUAACAACAGAAGAAGCUGGAUGUUACAUUUGUACAGCAACAUACCGGAAUGAAAGCAUGACAGAAGAAGUCCAUGUUAAAGUGACUUAUGUUAGAAAACCUCAAAUCUCUGGCAGAACAACAGUUAUGGAGGGAGAAGAUCUGAAUCUGACCUGCAGUGUUGACAGUGUUCCUCCAUCAGUUAUUACAUGGACUAAAUAUGGAACAGAAAUCAAUUGUCAGGACAAUAUUUUAAGUAAAGCAGAUAACAGCACAGUAGUCUACGGACAGGAAAAAAGUGGAAAUGUCUCUGUUUCCAUCAUGAAUGUAACAGCAAAAGAAGCUGGAUGUUACAUUUGUACAGCAACAUAUGAGAAUGACAGCAUGAUAGAGAACAUCCAUGUUAAAGUGAACUACCUCAGAAAACCUCGGAUCUCUGGUAGAACAACAGUAAAAGAGGGAGAUGAUCUGAAUCUGACCUGCGGUGCUGACAGCUUCCCUCUCUCAGAUAUCAACUGGACUAAAACAGAAUCAAAAACUCACCAGCAGCACAGCAAUUCAUCUAGUGCUUUCAUCAUCACUGAAAACACUAAGAGGAAAGAUGGCAAUGGUUCUUUGUCCAAAACUAAUGUGACAGCAGAAGAUGCAAGGCUUUACAUCUGUACUGCAAAACACCUGACCAAUAAUCUAACAGAACAAAUCAAAGUAACAGUAACGUAUGAUUUCAAAAAUGCAACUGUGGAGGAAGAUCUUCUGAAUCUGAACUGCAGUGUUGACAGUUUUCAGCCACUAGUUGUCAGAUGGACUAAAUCUGGAACAGAAGCAAGUCUAAAAAUAGACUCUUUAAGUAAAGCAUUUACUGUCCAUGUGCUGUAUGAACUGGCAAAUGUCCCUUUUCCCAUCACGAAUGAAACAAUGGAAGACGCAGAGCGCUACAUUUGUACAGCAACAUAUCAGAACAGUACCAUGGAAGAAAAAAUCGAUAUAGUGACUAACAUAAGAAAACCUCAAAUCUCUGUCAGAACAACAGCUGAUGAGGAAGAGGCUCUGAAUCCGACCUGCACUGUUGACAGUUUUUCCUCCUCAGUUAUCAACUUGACCAUAUUUGAAAAAAGCAACCUGCAGAUUAAAAUUUCAAUGAUACUGCAAAACAGCAGUGAAAAUCUCAAGCAAGAACACAGUGGAAUGAACACUUUGUUCAUCAAUAGCGUUAAAGCAAAAGAUGCAGGCCUUUACAUCUGCACAGCAAAAGUCCCAAAUAUAACUCUAACAGAAGAAAUCAAUGUAACUGUUACAUAUAGAAGGAGGCCUCAGAUCAUUGGAAGCCAAACAAUAAAGGAAGGAGAUGCUCUGAAUCUGACCUGCAGUGUUGACAGUGUUCCUCCAUCACUCAUCGUGUGGACUAAAAAUUCACUCAGCAUACUUCCAAGCAACAGAACUAGUUCCCCCAGCAACAAUGGAUCUACUACUCUUGUCGUCUUCAACAUGACAGUAAAAGAUUCUGGACGAUACAUCUGCACAAUAACCUAUGAGAACAUCACUGAGACUAAAUAUAUUGACAUAAAUGUGACUUGGUCUCCAAAGGUGCUGAAUGGUUCUGGAUGUGUGCUUCGGCCAGACGGUUUGACCUGUGUGUGUCUUAGUGCGGGAUUUCCUCUACCUACCAUCCAAUGGCCAUUACUGAAAGACCACACUGAGUACUCCAUCACCAGCAUUGUGUCAAACCACACUGUCAACAGCACUGUUACCAUAACUGUUGAGAACCAUGGCAACAUCAGUGUUGAAUGCGUUAGCAGCAAUGAAAAUGGGGAAGCAAAAAAAAACCUCACAGUCCUCUGGGCAAAAGAAGAAGUAAGCAAGCAAACAACUAAUUCAGAAAAAAAGUUCAUGCUGGAAAUCAUCAUUGCCUUUUUGGUUGGGUUCCUUCUUGCACCUAUCAUCUGCUGUUUGUUGAUGAAAUUCUACAGAAUAAAAUGGAAGAACUCUGCAGAUGAGGGUGAAUCUCUGGAGAUGGUUACGCCACUGAUGUCGAAUGGCCAAGCUGUUCAAGGGAGAGAAAAGAAAGAAGCUUUGGCAGGAACUCCUGAAGCUACCAAUGGUCCAAAGGAAUUGAUGUAUGCCAGAAUUGACUUUUCCCUUCUAAACCGGAUUCCCACAAAACGGAUAAAGAGUUCAGAAAACAAAAACACAGAAUAUGCAGAAAUCAAGGCAAACAAGGAAAACGCUCAUCAAGUGGAGAUGAUGACUGAGGAGGAUAGCGAGAUGAAAAACUGUGUCCAAGAAGUGAAAGAAGAGGCUGAGGAACCAGUGUAUGCAAAAGUGGAGGAUUUAGUUGAGGAGAGUUGAAGAUUGAGACCAGAUGUCCAAAACAGAAUCACAGAAUACCCCAUAAAACUCAAGAAUACAAUAUGGAUGCCAUGAUUAUAAAAUACAGUAAGAGCUAAAUAUCAAUGAUAGUCAUGGUUUGUAUCUCCUGAAACCAGUUGCACAAAUCAUGGUUCAGAACAUCUAUCUGUAAAGAUGUGAUUUAGUGUUUGAAUGCAUAAAAGGCAGACCAAAUACUUAU